GAACGGAAAGGAUCUAGUAUGACUAUGCAGUUUUAACCUGAGCAACUGGCAAAUGGAGUUCCUCUUUACUGAAAUGGGAAAGAAGAGAGGAAGAGCCAUUGUGGGCACAUGGUGGGAAAUCAAGUUCAGUUUUAGACAUGCUAUGAUGGAGGUAUCUAUUGGGCAUUUAAGUGAAGAUGACAAGUAGCCACUUAGAUAUUCAAGUCAGGAACCCCAGGAGGAAGUCAGAGCUGAGAGUCCUCGCUGUGCAAACUGAAUACAAGACCAUGAGACUGGUUGAAAUUUAUGAGAGAGUGAGCGUGGAGACAAGAGAGGAGGUAUAAGGACUGAGGAAGAGGGAGGAGGCUUGGAUGUUUAGUCUGGCAAAGGGUAAGAGCCAGCAAGGAGACCAAGAAGGAGCAGCCAGAGAGAGAUAGAGAGAAAAUCAGGAGCGUGUGGCAUCUAUAAGCCAAGUGGUUUCCAGGACAGAGUGAUCAGCCUGUCUAAAGCUGUUCAUAGGUCAAAAUGAGAUCUGAGAACUGACCACUGGAUUUAGCAACAUGGAGGUCAUUGGUGAAUUUGUGAAAGACAGUUUUGUGGAAUGAUGGAGUCUAAAGUAUGAAGCAGGAAAGGACAGAAUGGGAGGUAAGGACAGGACGAUGUGGACUACAGAUUGCUCUUCCAAGAGUUUUGCUGUGUGGGGAAGCAGAGAAAAGGAGCAGAAGGUGGAGGGGGCAGUGGGGGCAAGAAAUGUCUACCAGUUGCCAUCGAGAGGGUUCCUACUCAUGGUGACCCCACUUGUGUCAAAGUAGAACUGUACUCCAUAGGAUUUUCAAUGGCUGAGUUUUCAGAAGUGGAUAGCCAGACUUUUCUUUCACGGUGCUUCUGAGUGAACUCAAACCUUUAACCUUUCUGGGAUGGGAUGCACUUGGUUAGCAGCAGAGUACAUUCAAGGUCUGCACCACCCAGGGACUCCAAGAGAUUUUUAGGUGGGAGCUAUUACAGCAUACUUGUGAACCACUGACAAGGAUCCAGUGGAGAGGAGCUGCGGGUGUGACAGGAAAGAGAGGAGACACUAAUUGAAGCCAGGUCAUUGAAAGGUGACAUCCAGAGCCAAGUGUUAUGUUCAGGGCUUUACCUGCCAAGAGGUUGGAAGGGCAGGAUUUGAGCAAUCAGAAAAAGGUGGCCUAGCAAUAGGGCAGAUAAUGAAGGAGCUGCAGUUGAUAAGGGCUUUGACAGUCUUCUCCUCCUUCUCUGGGAUUCAAAGGUUUCUUCUAUGAAGCUUGUUCCUCCCAGGGUAGGGCAGGGAGGCCCUGAGACUGGGCUGGGUGUGGCACCUCCACGCUUGCACAACCUUGGGCUGCCACAAAAGCUUGUGGGUUCCUGGGGUUACAGCAGUGCUCGGUGACACAGCUGGAGCCAGACAGAGGGGCCGGCAUGGUGGAAUUCGCGCCCCUGUCUGUGCCGUGGGAGCGCAGGCUGCAGACACUGGCAGUCCUGCAGUGGGUCUUCUCCUUCCUGGCCAUGGGCCAGAUCUGCACCGUGGUCUUCAUAGGCCUCCUGUUCACAAAAUUCUGGUUCCUCGCUGUCUUAUAUGCAACCUGGUGGUACCUGGACUGGGACACGCCACAGCAAGGGGGCAGGCCCAUCAAGUUCAUAAGACGCUCGGUCAUGUGGAAGUACAUGAAGGAUUAUUUCCCCAUUUCGCUGGUCAAGACUGCUGAGCUGGACCCCUCCCGGAACUAUCUUGCUGGCUUCCACCCCCAUGGGGUCCUGGCCGCCGGGGCCUUUACCAACCUGUGCACCGAGAGUACGGGCUUCCAUACCCUCUUCCCCGGUAUCCGCCCCCAUCUGAUGAUGCUGAGCUUGUGGUUCCGGGCCCCCUUCUUCAGGGAUUACAUCAUGGCCGGGGGGCUGGUUGCAUCAGACAAGGAGAGUGUUGAUCAUUUGCUGAGCAGGAAGGAAGGCGGGAACCUGCUGGCCAUCAUUGUAGGGGGCUCUAAGGAGUCAUUGGAUGCCAGACCUGGAGCCUACAGGCUGCUGCUGCGGAACCGCAAGGGCUUCAUCAAGCUCGCUCUGAUGCAUGGGGCAGCUCUGGUGCCCAUUUUCUCCUUUGGGGAGAAUGAACUGUUUGACCAGGUUAAUAACCCUCCUGGCUCCUGGUUGCGUUGUGUCCAGAACCAUCUGCAGAAGGUCAUGGGCUUUGCCCUCCCACUUUUCCACGGCCGUGGUGUCUUCCAGUACAGCUUUGGCCUCCUACCCUACCGCCGGCCCAUCACCACCGUGGUGGGGAAGCCCAUAGAGGUGCAGAAGACACUGCAACCCUCCCAGGAAGAGGUGGACCACCUGCACCAGCGCUACAUCAAGGAGCUGUGCAACCUCUUUGAGGCCCAUAAGCUCAAGUUCGACAUCCCCAUUGACCAGCACUUGGAGUUCUGCUGAGCAUCAAAGGGCAGGCCACAGCCAUGGAGGGCAUUGGGGCUCCCAGCUAGAGGUGCCGUGAUCUGAGAAGGCUUCUUAGAGGUGUUGGUUGAACAUAUCUCCAGAGCCUUCCCACACCCCUGCAAAUUCAACCCAUGCCAGGCUCUAAAUCGGAGCUGGCAACGUGGGAGAGGAGACGACUCUGGCACCCAUGAUUUGCCCUCCUGAUAUGAAAACUCUCCAAGUCUCUCCCUUUCCUUGGACUCCAUCUGCUCAUCUGUGAAGUGGGAGAGGAGACUGGAAGAGAAUGAUUUCUGAGGUCCUUAGUUGCGAUGUCACUCAAUGGGCAGAGAAAAGAGAGCAGCGAAUGAUCACUGGAGUUUUCUUCCUCUAACCUUGAGUGAAAAGUUCCUGGAUGGCACCAACGGUUAAGCUAGCUUAAAAGUUGGCAAUUCGAACCCACCCAGGGGCACCUCAGAAACAGGUCCAGCAAUAUGCUUCUGAAGUUCACAGCCUUGAAAACCUUAUGGAGCCCAGUUCUACUCUGCACACUUGGGGUCGCCAUAAGUCAGAAUGGACUGGAUAGCAACUAAUAAUAACAACAACUGCUUGAGUCAUAGCACCAAAGAAGCCACGAGCUCUAGCCUCUUCUACAAACCCCCUCAUCCUGCAACCUGUCCCAGCUCCUCCCUCCCCAAACUGGACAGGAGGGGACAGCCAUUAAGCCCUGCACUCCCUUUGGAGUUUCUGACUCCUCUGAGCUACGAAGUGACAACCAGAGGGGUCUAGAAUGGGGCUAAGGAGACCUGAGCCCUUCCUAUGAGCGUCAGUUUCCCUGACUGGCUGAGGCGACCUCUGAGUCUCAGCUCUAACACUGUAUAGCUGAGAGCUCCAUGGGGACCUCUUAGUCAUCCUAUGUGACUUCAGCCCCUGACCUUGAUACAAAAGGGGGGCUCAAUAAACGUCAGCUCAAUAGAUGAAGAGAUUCUAUUUUAGUCCUCCUUUCUCCCUCCCUACACCCCAACCAAGGAGCCCUCAUGGUGAAAUGGUUAAGCACUCAGCUGUUAAUGGAAAGGUCAGCGGUUUGAACCCACUAGCAGCUCCAUGGGAGAAAAUACCCGGUGAUCUGCUCCCAUAAAGAUUACAUCCCGGAAAACCCUAUGGGGCAGUUCUACUCUGUCCUAUAGGAUUGCUGUGAGUCAACGUUGACUCAAGAGCACACAUCAACAACAACAAUACUCCUCAACCACGGGAAUGGUCAAAGUCUCAUCUUUGACCCCUGGCCUGGCUCUGAGCCUUGUCUCAAUCUUCCUGGAAGCUGGAUCAGAUUGGGCCCAAGGAUAUCCCAUUGACCCCUUCCUGAUCCAUCAACCUCAAGUGAACCACCUCUGGCCCUCUUCUGUUGGGAGAAAAAGGGGAAAGGAUAUGUUAAAAGGCAGAGCAGGCCAGCACAGAGAACGAAGACUGCAUAUGAAGUGUGUGUUAAUAUGUAUCUGCAGAGGGGGUGAGGCAGGGCCAAAUGCCCUGACUAGAAGCGUCGUGGAUUCCUAGGUUUGGGUCGUGGAUCCCUGUAGCCCUUGUUCUCCUCUCUACCUUCCAGACCCUUCUCUUCAGGAGUUGGCAGUGAGGGGACAGGGGGCGAUGGGGCAGGACCAGAACUUGUGAAUCACCCUAACCUUCCAGCAGUGAAGCAGAGUGUUUUCCCUCCAGGAGCCAGUCACACAAAACUACAACAUGGGGGGCAUUUUGAGAAGUGUAAAUUUGGGUUCAAAUCCUGGUCCACCUCUUGUUAGCAGCCGCUUCACCUCCAAACAUCAGUUUUGUAAUCUGAGAACUAGGGAUUGCAACAUUCACCCCUGGUUGUGUGCAUUUCCCCAGAUGAGAAGUCACUUCACAUCUUUACAGAAUGAUGUACGUGUAAAUGAAUCAUCAGAUGAUAAAGGCACAGGGUAUCUUGAAGGUGCCUACUAUUAGCCUGUCAGACCGUAGAGUAGAAAGGUCACAAGAGAAGCAGGAAUGAAGAAGGGGUUAGAGGAGGGAGCAGUGGUUUUCAGCUGAGGGGAAGGCUUGGAGGAAUGGCAAGAUUUGCCAAGAAGAUCCACAAUUCCCCAUAUUACUUAUCUAGCGCUGUGUAACAGACCACCCUGGAAUUUAAUGGCGGAACCAGCAACGAUUUAUUAUUUCUCACAAUUCUGUGGGUUGGUUAGAUGGUUCUUCUUGGGUCUUCCCUGGGCCCUCAUGCAGCCGCGUUCAGCUGACUAGACAGCUGGCGCUGGGGCAUUUGGGGUGGCUGGAACUGCUGGGCUCUUCUUUCCACGUGGGCAUCAGGCCCCUAUUUGUGCUGACUGGGCUUUUGACAUUCGGUGAUGGUUGGGUUCCAAAAGAACGAGAGCCAAGUUGGCGAGGCCUCUCAAGUCCUGGGCUGUACAAAGUGCACAGCAUUAUUCUAGUGGCCAGUGCAAGACACCAGCCAGCCCAGAGUCAAGUGUGAGGAAUAGACUCCGCCUCUGGAUGGGAAUAGCAGCAAAGUCCUGUUACAAAAGGACGUGGACACAUGGGACUCUCGUGGUCAUUUCUGCAAAUAAUCCACCAAAAGUUUAUAAAAUGAAAACCUAUAGCAGAACCUUCUCCCCUUCUAUCCUCUGACACACGCACAUACCCCGGAAUUACCCAUGUGGCCAUAAUAAAAGCCAUAGUUUAUCCAAAGGGUCCCAGCUCAGCCUCCACAUCUCUGCCCCUGUCUCUGUCUUGCUCUCCACGAUUCAUCCUUCAUGGGGCAGCCAGAGUGAGCUGUCUAAAGCACAAAGCUGACCUCGCCACUCCCCUACUCAAAAUCCCUCUAUGGAUCUGUAGUGCUCCUAGGAGAGAAUUUGUAUCUGUCUGGGUCCCAGCAGGAACCAGAUGGCAUAUUCCGAUUAGGGUAAUUUGAGAUGGGAUUAAUAAAGCAACAAUUGUCUGAAGUGAGUGUAGAGUGCAGGAAACCACAAAGGAUGGAGCAGUAACCCAGGGCUGUGGCAGUGGGGCGAGGCACUGCUACCACCCUAAGGCCUGGGAGGACAAGGAGAGGCAGCAGGUACCUGAACCCAGGAAAGAGUCACAUGCAGGGGGGACAUCAUCGGUCAAGGGGUGCAUUGUUGGUCCAGGUGAUCCUGCAGGGAAGGAGCUGGAAUGAACAUUCCUACUACACUGUCCUCCCUCUGUUCAAUCCCCUACCAAGGCUCCCAUUAUCUGAAUCCACUUGGAAGCUAGAGGGCACCGUGAGGGCCUGUGGCUGCAGUCCAUGCAGAUAGGUCUCCCAGGGCAGAGAGAAGGGUGGAGAUGGGUGGUGAGUGAAUCUGAAGACGUCCACCUCUAAGCCCAAGCUUCUUAACCUGGUUCAUCACUCUCCACCAUCAGGCCCCAGUUCUGUCCAGCCCCCUGUAUCUUCUUCCUUUACCCGUAUGUACUGGUCAUCCGGAACCAUUUGCAGUUCACUCUGCAGUUCUCUCUCACCUCUGUGCCUUUACCCCUGCUGUUCCCUCUGCUCGGAAUGUCAUCUCUCCUACCCCACCUCACCGUCUGGGUAAUUCCUGCGUCCUUCAGUACAGGUUUCACCUAUUCAGGGAAGGCUUCCCUGAUCCCCGUGGUUGAGAUUGGGGUUUCCUCUGGGCUGUCAAGACUUCUUCUUCAUCUGCCAUAGCAUUCGGCACCCUGGGUGGUCCCGGUUUCAGUAACAACAUGCACUGAUGCCCCUGCUUCCCGUGCCCUCCCCCAGCCUACUCACAUACACCACCUGAGUCAUCUCACUAAAACAAAACCAAACUCCCUGAAACAGUCUCCUCUGCUUCAGGAGAAGGUCUAAACGCCUCCUCAUUCUGGUGUUCAAGGCCUUUCAUCAUCUGUCCCAUAGGCUUCACUAGCCUCACCUCCUGGACCUUCUUCUCCUCACCCCUGUCACCCUUCACUGUUCUCCGAAGGCCGGCUGCCCUAGCACUUGCUGUGUCUUAGGGCAAGCUGUUCCCUUUCCCUAGAAUAUCUCCUCCUUGACCUGGUAAACAUCACUUGCCCCCAAAGAUCACCUCCUUGGUCAAACCCAGCACACCCCACCCACCCUCAAAUCCUGCCCUUCCACACCCUUUUCUAAGUCAGAGUUGGUUACCCCUCUUUGGGGCUAACUUUAGGGGUAAAGGGGCCAUGGUCAUUAAUGAGUGAGCAGAGGCUCCUCUGUCUCCCCAUGGACUAGGAAUCCCCGAGGGCCAACACUGUAUCUUUGUUGCCUUCAGCUCCCACCCCAGCACACAGCACAGGACCUGCUUCUUUGAGUCCAGCACACCCUAGGCCUGAGGCAGGGGUGAAGGAGAAGACCCAAGCUUUGCUUUUGGAAGUGAUUGUAUUAGUUAUCUACUGCCGUAUAAUAAAUUACUCUAAAACUAAAACUAGGCAGCUUUAAACAAUAAAUAUUUAUUAUCUCACGGUUUCUAAGGAUCAGGAAUCUGGGAGUGACUUAGUCAGGUGGUUCUAGUCAGGGUUUCUCAAAGGUAGCAGCCAAGCUGUUGUCUGGGGCUGAAGUCUCAGAAAACUUGAUUGGGGCUGGAGGAUCUCCUUUCAAGUUCAUAAUGUGGCUGUUAGUAGGAGGCUUCUGUUUCUCAUCACUUAGGCCUCUCCAUAGCGCUGCUCAUGACAUAGCUUCUCCCAGAAUGAGUGAUCUGAGACAGGGAUAGAGUGGGAUAGAGAAGAUAGAAAAAGAGAGAGAGGUCUUUUAUAACCUAGUCUGUGAGUCACACACCAUCAAUUCUGGCCUUAUUCUAUUGGUUAGAUGUGGAUCACUAAGUCCAGCUCACAAGCUAUACAAGGGUGGGAAUGACAGAGGUGGGGAUCACUGGGGCUAUCCUAGAAGCUGGCUACCACAGUGACAGAGGGCGAACUCUGAGAGAUGAGCCUGGGCCACACCAAUGCUAUGUACUACUGAAAGAGGUGGCUUGCUUAUAGGACAGAGGCUAAGUUGGCAUAGAAAGGGUACCCAGAUGGGUGGGGACAACAAUCGAGCAAAGGGUUGGAGGUGAGAAUGAUGAGCUGCUCCCUGGCUUGACCAGGAUGUAGUACAAGGUGGCUGUAUUUGUUUUCUAGGGGUGCUUUAACAAAGUAUCACAGACUGUGUGGCUUAGAACAGCAGAAAUUUAUUCUCUCAUAGUUCUAGAGGCUAGAAGGUUGAAAUUAGGGUGUCGGCCAUGUUGAUUCCUUGUGAGGGCUCUGAGGAAGAAUCUGUUCCAUGCCUCUU